UUGGGUUUUUUGCCCUCAGCAGCACCCCGGGGGCGGGUCUACCCCGCGGGUAUCCGCCCCUAUUUCACACAUUCCCGAAUGCCAUUGGUUUGCGCCCAGUCAGCCAAGCUUGGAUCUGAUUGGUAGUGAGAGCUUAUUACCGGAAGCAACGCUUUUGAAAUCUGGCGCUAAAUUAUUUGAGGACUGAAGACGGGAUGUUGCAGGAUUUUUAAAGUGGGAUUUAGCUGCAUUGCUGAGAAAGAAAAGAUGGAAGACUUUUGGGUGAAAUCCAUUGAACAGUCAUUAAGGAAAGAAAGGGAUGGGCGAGUUGAACGUCAGAUUCAUGUCUUGAAAGGCGAAACUCAUGAAGAUUUCAUGAGAACCUAUGUUGAUGUUCUGCAUCUCCAGGGCAGAGGUUACUUCAUUUCCCGGAAGUCCAGAUGACCAAAUCUAAUUCAGUGGAAAUGUGAGCGUGGAAACAAAGCAUCUGGUGCUUCAAGCGGCAAUCCUGAGAAAACAAGAGCCAGUUCUUGUCCAGCUUAUGUUUCAUUUCAGUUUGUCACAGAUAACAAUAUUUCUGGAUGCAUAGUUGGGGUAUUGGCUGAGCACAGUGGACAUGACAUUUCAAAUUCCCAGGAAGAUGGAGUAAAUCGUGUGGAUGAAGAUUUACUGAAUUACAUACAUGAGUGUCUCUCACAGGGACUUUCAAAUUCAGAGAUACUGUUAAGAACUGUGAGGUGGUCUCGCACAUAUGGCAAAAAUGACCUCAGAGACAGAAGAUAUUUUCUCACUCAAAAGGAUAUCACUGGAAUCCGUGCUGGUUUCAAUGCCAGACAGAGAUUUGACAGAAACGACAGUAUAUCAGUGGACAGAUUAAUAAAAGCAGAUCUGCAGGACAGCAUACUCUAUUACCAGCCUUUAUCCCACAAGGAACAUCAGCCACUAAUUAUUGUGUUUAGUUCUCAGUGGCAGCAGGAACAGUGCAAACAGUUUGGAUCUUCAAUGAUUUUUGUUGAUGCAACUUACAAAGGUGUUACUCAGUAUGGAUUCGCAUUCUAUGCAGUGCUUGUGAAAACCUCGGAGGGGAAAGGAGUCCCUGUUGCCUUUUUUGUAAUGAGUGAAGAAUCCACUAGCAACAUUGAAAUCUGUCUGAGGAAACUCCAGGAGGCAGCUAACCUUUUCACCCCAAGGUGUGUAAUGGUGGACAAGGAUAUCAAAGAAAUCAACGCUGUGUUUCCUCAUUCAGCAGUACUAUUAUGCUGGUUUCAUGUGCUUCAGGCUGUACACCGGUGGCUUAUUAGGCAUGAUGGAGGUCACUUGAACACUUCAGCGAGAAAUAUGGUGAUUAAAGGCAUGGUGUCCUUAAAACAAUGCACGAGUGCAGAAGAGUUCCAGAAAAUGUCAGAGGACCUGCUUGCAAGAAUAGAAACAGAAACACAGAGCACUCAAAGUCUGUGAUUACCUUCGCAAGAAUUGGCUGACAAAUGCAGAAAUGUGGUCAAUUUUGGACGUUUGUUUUAUCACCACCAAAGUGAAACAAACAAUGUCGUU